AUGAUGAAAAGAGUUGGCAACUAUGAAUUAGGCAGUGUCUUGGGCGAAGGAAGCUAUGGAAAGUAACAUUAAUUUAGGGUUCGCAUGGGAGUACACAUUGAAAGUGGUGAAAAAUUUGCCAUAAAAAUUUUAGACAAAGCCAGGAUUAAGCAAGAGAAUCUUAUUGAAAACCUAAGGCAAGAAAUUCAUAUAAUGAAGCAUAUUAGGCACCCAAACAUCGUCAAGUUGUAUGAAGUUUUAUCAUCUCAUUCAAAAAUUUACUUACUCUCUCCUUCUGCGAGCGAAAAACAGUUUAUUCGCUAACGAAGGAGGUUAAUUUUUUAAAAAAAUAUUCCAUUUAGAAAUAAUUUUAAGCAAAUAUCAAUUCAAUUUGUAAAAUUUAUGCUUUAUAGCGCUGUUUAAAAUUAAACAGAAUUAGCUAGAGAUUUAAUUAUAAUAGCUAUCACGCAUCUAUAAAAUUUUUUUAAUAAAAAAUUUUUGCUCGCUGGACAGUGUGGGAUUUUCCCCAAAAAUUACAAUUUUCCUAAUGUUUGCUCACUCACGAAAAGGGGUUAGUUCUAGAAUUAGUAACUGGUGGAGAACUCUUUGAUAAAAUUAAAGAAUGCGGACCGCUUCCUGAAACACAGGUCAGAAAUUAUUUCCAGCAAAUAAUCUCUGCCGUUGCUUUUUGUGAGUGUCAACAUAUCGCUCAUAGAGAUUUGAAGUUGGAAAAUGUUCUUCUAGAUAAAGACGGCGUUUUAAAAAUAAGUGAUUUUGGCUUAUCAGGUCUUUUUAAAUUUGAUAAAUUCAACAUCGAGCUCAUGUAUUCUACCUGCGGCACUCUAAAUUACCUUGCUCCAGAAACUUUUGGAAACCAAGGAUACGAUGGCCAUCUUUCAGACAUUUGGUCUUGUGGAGUGAUUUUAUACGCGAUGCUAGCAGGCACUUUACCGUUUGAAGAUGACUCUAUUUCAAGGCUAAUUGAAAAAAUCCUGAGCUGCAACUAUGAGAUGCCUAAAAACAUUUCCAUAUCUGCCCAAGAUUUAUUAACUCCCCCCCAUCCUUGAUCGAACGACUCGCCGUCGUUCGAUCAAGGAUGGGGGUUAAAAACAAUUUUUUUGGGAAAAAAAAAUUUAUAUAUAUAGAAUAAAAAAUAUAUAUAUAUUUUAUUUUAUUUACUUUUAAAUAAGAGUGUUAGAGUAUUUCAUAAUUAUUUUUACAGCAAAAAAUUGAAUUAACUUUAUAAAAAUACCAAUUUUUAAUAUUUUGAUUUAUUAGUUACCCCUUUUAAACUGUAUAAAUUUUAAUUUGUUCCUUAUUAAAUUAAUUUUUUUUUAAAAAUUUUUAAAGAAUCUGUAUUUUAUUAGAUUAUUGGGUUUUUAAGCCUAGGUUGAUAACUAAAUCACUUCGAAUGGUUGACUUCGAAGCUUUCUGUCGUCUCAAAGUCUUUGAAAACAACUUCUUCAUUAUGUGCAUCUUCCCAAGCUUUUGAUAACUAAUAUAUUUUUAUUAUAUAUAUAAAAUUUUGUAUGAUAUGAAAAUCGUUCGAUCAAGGAUGGGGAGUAAGGCAAAUUUUGAAUCCUGAUCCUAGAACUAGAAUUUCGAUCUCAAAGAUCAAGAAGCAUCCAUGGUUUCUAGAAAAUUACAGAGAGCCUGAAGGUUUGUAUAACGAAGCUGAAAAUACAAAGGACAGUUCUCAAAUGAUGAUAGAUAAUCAAGAAGACAGGCCAAGGGUAAUGAAUGCGUUUGAAAUAAUCAAUUAUUGCACAGGCACCUCAAUAAAUAAACUCUUUGAUAAUGAAGAGUUCGAGCCAACACAUAUUUUAUCUGAUAAAGAUCCUUUAUUAAUAAUAGAAAAAAUCAAUGAUGUUAUGACAACAUUAAAGGUGAAGAAACGAAUCCAAGAAAGCACCUUUAAGAUCCUCUACGAGAGCAUGCUCCCACCAAACAUUCAAAUUGAAGUGGAGAUUCUAGAAAUUCUUCCAAGUUUACAUGUCGCGAUUUUUGAAAGACAUUUAGGCAAUUUGAUGCUUUAUCGAAAGAUUUUUACUACAGUAAAAACUGCCCUCAAUCAGCAAUAA